AUGAUGCCUCACCCCGACGCUAUUGCCGGCGGUAACAACGACGACGGUGAUCGUAUCAUUGCCGAAUCCACCAAAUCAGACUCUUCUCUGUACGACUAUCAGAGUCCAUUUAUUACAGGCAUUUGCGAACAUAUGGUCAACACCACUACUUGCACCGUCGAAUUAAACACCAUGUGGUCCGACGGUGAGUGGAGCUGGAUCCCAGAGUUCGACGUUCAGAAGUCCGUCCCCGAUAUCGUCUACCAGUACUAG